CAUACAGAUAAACACACAAACCUCAGCUUCCUGCCCUGUGCUGCCCCGCGUGACAACACAAACGCAACACUCACCACCACCACCACCACCGUCACCACCACCCCGUCAUCAUCACCGGAGUGGGAUCAGCGCGUGGGAAGGACCGGAAAGGAUGGAAGGGAUGCCUCGGUGUCGCAUCUCAGGACGGGGUGUGGGUGUCCGUGUGAUAUCUUGCCGCCCCCCCUCCUGCACCUCCCCCUCCUUCUCCUCCUCCUCCUGCUGCUUCUCCUCCACGCUGCUGUAGGCGAAGGAGACCACGACUACGAUGUUCCCCCGGUCCUCCCCAGGUUACCGCUGUGUGGGGAGGAAGAUGGGGAGAAGUGUCUUGUCCAAGCGGAGGAGCCUUUGAGCUGGCAGGAGGCUCACCACUUCUGCAGGAGUCUGGACGGUUUCCUCGCUUCCCGGGACGAGUACACCAGACUGUCACAGGCGCCUCAGCUGUCCAACGCCACCACCCUCACCUGGACGGCCCUCACGCCUCUCCACGGCCAUUACCAGUGGCUAUCCAGGUGUCCAGCAUACUUCGCAGCCUCCACGGACUUCACGGAGUGGCGCGAGGGGCGUGUACCGAGGGCGUGGGACAGGGAGUGCGCCGCGCUGGAUCUGGCCACAAUGCAGUUUCAGCUGAUCAACUGCUCCUCCGAACUUCCCGUUUUCUGUUUCCUCGAGCCUGGCAGUCCCGCAGGUGUGGGCGAAGACGUGGCGGAGGACGUUUACCUGGUGGUGGAGGGGGACCCGGCGCCAGGACCUGAGGGGAACCUAACCCUGCGGCGGGAGGACUUCGGCAACCUGAGCCUGACUUGCACGGCCUACAACAGAACCUCCGGCAGACCGCUUAGUCCCCAGCCCCGCGUGUUCUGGAGGAAGGACCUGGUGUAUAGCGGCCACUGCACAGGCUCGCUCAUUCCCGCCACGCUGCAUGACCGCACCAAGUCUCCCGCCACCUGGGACACGGCGCACCAGGACGCCUUCACCACGCAGCAGGGCACAUACUGGUGCGAGGCAUGGGGCAGCUCGAGACCCCUGGUGAGCAACAAAGUGCUACUCAUGCUGCAGGGCUUCGUGGUGUUCAUCCUGGAGGUGCGGCGCAAGGAAGACCCCUCAGAAAACCUGACGGAGAGCAAAGCCGAGCAACAGCUUCGUAAUGCCUUCUUCAGUGAGAUAGACAGCAUCCACAGCCUGCCGCUGGAUCUGGUGGCGGCCAGCAAGGAGCGUCUCCCUGGCCCGCCCCCCACUGUGCUCGCCUUGUACACCUUCCACCUGCACAUCCCGGAGAGCUACAUCAAGGUGGUGUGGCAGUCACUAGAGCAGGCGCUGGAAUUCUUCUCCGGGAGACUGACCACGACAUUACAUCACUACAGUUACGAGAACACUUCUCGAGUCACUUUCCCUCACCUGUGUUUGAGUCACACCUCACCCGCCGGGGAGAGAACGCCACAACUCAAAUGGCCAGCCACCUUCAUCGGUCCUGUCCACCCCACUAAUGCGCGGUGCGAGGCGCCCCCCGGCAGGCUGGCUGUGGUGGGCCGCUGCCUCUGGAACUAUACUCACGGGGCACAAUUGCAAUUCACACCUCAUCCCUGCCGGUGGCGAGACCUCUGCCCACAGGGGUACUUCGCCGUGGAGAGCCGUUACUGCGUGACCGUGCAAUCCCCCGCCCCCUGGCAAGAGGGUUUCGAGGCGGUACAUACGACUAGCCAAGAAAUGAGUUUACUUCACGAUGCUGUGGUGCAGAAGAAGAAGAUGUGGCGACAGGUGAAGCAACUGGUGGAGGCCGCCGCCGACACGGACAUCAUAUGGCUCCCAGACAAGCGGUUGCGGGCUGGCGCCUCGCUGCAGCACCUGGGCCCGCUGCCCCGCUCUGGGUAUAACCUUACGGAACACAAAAUAAUUUGGGCGAAGGAUCACCCGGUUCCUGACUUCGAGUGUUUGGCAUUGAACCUGACUGGCCGCACCCUGCACACCCACCCGUGCAACGCCAGCCUGCCCUUCCCGGCCAUCAUAGAAGUGCCUGUCGUGCGUAAACGAGUCCGUUUAAAGCCUCCUCUUUCAAAAGACAGCAUCCUGUGCCAGGGGUGGCAGAGUCCGAUCCUCAGAGGCCCCGAUGAGGUAUGUUUCAAGCUCUUCAGGAACGUAGGGAACAUGACAUGGAAAGACGCAAAGAAUUUCUGUGAGGAGCGAGACGCGGUCCUGCCAGCCCCCAACAUAGGCUUCCUUGACUUUGUGUUCCGGCAAGAGCUGCGGGACCAGGGUGUGGAGGGCGUGUGGAUGUCCCCUAACGUGACUCAUGAGCGGCUAGUGUACAGCGGACCAGAAGACAUCCUCAGCUGGACGGUGGACACUAACUAUUCUCUGUCUUAUGGGGAGCUGACGCCCCAAGGUUGGCUGCUUCGUGGCGGCGGGACCCGCGAGGAUGUUCUUUGUCAGCGUAUGUUGAAAGCCACAGAACGCCUCAGGUUGACGGUCUUGCCGCCUGCCUCCCCUGCCUCCCUGGACAUGUGUGUUCAAGCCGACCCGUUCCAAAUGUUUGCGCUAACUAAAGAGGAGAACCCUGACUUGCGGUGCUUCGAGAACGGACGAGAGGCCCGCGUCACCACCUACCGAGCGACCGGCCCGCCUGGGUGUGCCGGAAGAGUUGAGCGGGGGGCGCCUGGGUACUACCAAUGUGUGGGCUGGACCGUCGCCCCCGUCACGCUGUCAACCUCCAAUACCAUCUUGCAGUCUCCAGCUGCUUUCACCUUUCUGGUGACGCUACUGGAACCCAAAGCAAACUACGAUCCCCUGCUGCACGACGCCACCUUUUCGCCCAUCAGCCACCUGCUGCCCCAUUCUUGUGGCUGCUGCGAGGCCCUGAACACGACGCUGGUGAAUAUUCAGGUUUCGGGGGUAGCUGAGCUCACUGCACGUCGCCAGCACUUCCUGGCGGAUCCUGAUGGUCGUCUGCUUCACGCCUUGCACGUGGAGUGUCGAGGCAUCGUUUCCACCUUGUCGGAGUUUCAGGUAUUGGAGUCCCUGACUUUGCAGCUCCCCACGGGCCAGCAGGUCGGGGCAUGUACGGUAGAGGCCGUCCGCAGCACGCAGGGCUGUUUAAGAGAUGUAACUGUGAAUGAGGGAGAGCAAGGGACGGAGAAAUCUGCCGGAAAUCUCACCUGGCCCUCCACCUUUGGCGCCCGCCAGGUGGUACCUGAAGAACCAUGUGUCACCUCUAAUGGGGAGCCCGUCACGCGAGAGUGUGAGGGGGACUUCUUGCUCGGGUACCAGUGGGGUCCUGCCGGGCACUGCACAGGCAUUGUUUCUAAUCUCACGCGUGAUCUGUGGGUGGCCAGCAGGGAGCCGCGCCACUCACUUGAAUGGACCGAGAAAGCACUCGUGGCCAAUACCUCUGUGCUGCAGCCCGUGGACAUAUUCCUUGUUGCCAGAACUCUGGAGGCCGCAGCCGAGGCUCCUCCCCCAAACCUGAACCUUACUCUGCUUGUGUCAGUGAUGGACAGUGUGCUCGCCGCCGACACUGCCGCCUUCCAGCCGGUGCAGCAGCGGCUGGGUUCCUCGGACACCAUCUUAGAAGCCUUCGAGAAGCUCUUCCUCAAUAUUAACUCGACAAAAAGAGGUGAACUUCCGCAGCGCGUUUCAAGAAACUGCUUAUCUGUGGAGGGCCUCGCGCUGACUCCAGAGUCAUCCGUGAUUGGCUACAAGUCUAUGGAACAACCGGUGCGCGGACAUAGGGAAGAAACACUGGAGGUCGGGGUCACCAAGGCCGAUCUGAAGGACGCAGCAGCAGCUAUCAUCUUGCCGACGAACAUCAGCUUGCAUGUAGCUGCGAGGGAAGAGUCCGAAGGGCAGGAGGCCGACAACCAGACGCUGCCUCUUUUCUUUGCCGUGUACAGGAACGAUAAACUCUUUCAGGAGAGUGAAGGAGUGGAGACUUUGGAAGGAACGGAGCGCCGCUACCAGGUAAACAGUGAGGUGAUACAGGCCACCUUUGGCACAGAAGUGCGCGGCCUGCGAGAACCAGUCAAAAUCUACUUCAAACCGCGGCUUCCCGGCAAUGACACCAAGUGUGUCUUCUGGGACCUGCGGGCCCGCGGCAACCGCGGCGGAUGGUCUGAGGAAGGCUGCUAUUCUGGGGGCCGCGAGGGAGACCACCACGUGUGCCACUGUUAUCACCUCACCUGCUUCGCGGAGCUCAUCAAUUACGACGAGUCGGCGGGAUUCUCAGGCGCCCACGCGGCCGUGCUGGACGCCAUUACAGUGGUGGGCUGCUGCCUCUCCCUGCUCGGUCUCCUGCUCGUUUUCUUCACCUUCCUUCUCUUCCAGAGGUGGCGGCGGCCCCUCAGCAACAAGAUUCUAGUGAACUUGUGCUUUGCGGAGUUUUGUAGCCUGACAGUGUUUCUGGCAGGCGUGGACCAGACCGUCAGCGUUCCGCUGUGCCGCGGCGUGGCCGUCGCCCUGCACUACUUCAUCCUGGCGUCCUUCGGGUGGAUGUUGGUGGAGGCGGUGCACCAGUACCUCAACUUUGUCAAGGUGGUGGGCACAUACAUUCCGAGAUUCAUGUGGAAAGCGUCCGUGUGUGCGUGGGGCGUGCCUCUGUUGCCCAUCCUCGCGCUGCUGGUGUACGACAGCUCCCUGUACGACCACGAUGGCUCCAGGGAGGACGGCACCAAAAUCUGCUGGAUGUCCAGUACCGGAUUUUGGAUUGCGAUGUUGCCUCCGCUAGCGGCCACCAUGGGCGUCAACCUGAUCAUGUACGGACUCAUUCUGUACGGUGUGACCUGCGGCCGUCCCUCUGUGCCCUCCACACUGCCGGAACGCGCUUUGCUCAUGAACCAGCUGCGCAUGGCGGUGUGUGUGUUCUUCCUGCUGGGUCUUACAUGGGUGUUCGGGCUGCUGGCUGUCAGCAGUGCGCGCGUGGUGUUCUCCUACUUGUUUUGCACCUUCACCACUCUCAAGGGCUUCCUGCUUUUCGUGUUCCACGUGUGCCGCGAGCGGGGAGCUCGUCGCUACUGGGAGGACUUCCUCUCUGUACUUAAGCAGGAGUCUUCCGUCUCAUCUCCCGGGGACUCUGCUCACGCUGCCCACUCCUCGGGACGCCCAGGGCGCCUCGAGGCGUCCUUCAACCCUUGCGGCGGCAUUAUGGUGCUGCCCCCCGUCGUUGCUCGCCGCCCAAGGCCCUCCACGCGCACUAGUCUGCUCUCCGCACGCUCCUCCUCCACGGCCGGCGGCUCGCGGGGCAGUUUCUACCCCUGACCUCGUCGCCGCGCCCCGCCUGUGCCGCGGCCCCGCGGCACAGGCAAAUAUUGUUACCAGAUGCCAGUAUUUGUAUAUAUAUACAUGUGUGUGUGUGUGUGUGUGUGUGUGUGUGUGUGUGUGUGUGUGUGUGUGUGUGUUUUAUAUAUAUAUA